AUGGCUUCUUCUGCUCAUUCUUUUGCUUUUCUCUUGUUUUUAAUGUUCUUCACUUUCUUGUUCAUGAACCAAUUAGUCUCAUGUGACCAACAAACGGAGGAUCGAAUCAAUUAUGUUUGCAGACAAAUGGAGGAAUACGGAUUCUGUGACAAAACCUUCAAUCAAAACCUGAAAGGCCCAACAGCAGACUAUGUGGAUUUGACAUUGAUAACCAUUGAGCAAUCUCUACUCAAUGCAUCAAACACAAAUACUUACAUUGAGAGACUUGGGAGGAGCACAAAACCAGGAGCAUUGAAGAAUGCUCUCAUUGAAUGCAACAAUGUUUAUAAUUCAAUUAUGCAGUCUUUCAGGAACGCCAACAUGUACUACAAGCAGAAAAAUUAUAAUGCAAUGAUUAUGUCUGAAUCUGUGACACCAAGAUUGAUAGAGAGUUGUAUUACCUGCUUCCUCACUCCGCCGCUUCACCCUAUGGGCCCUUUGGAGACCAUGAAUAGGCAAAUGAGGAUGCUUUGUUCCAUGGCUUUGGUUACUGGCCAUCAACUUCAAUCCAAGAAGUUGAAAUAA